AUGGAUUACUUCGGCAACAGCCACCCACUUCACCACCACCAACAUUAUCAAAACCAACAGUACCUUCCUCACACCAUCCAUCACACAGGUACAACUCUUCGCCAGCACCCACCUGCUCGCCUGACCUUGGCGGUAUCCUAUCCUGUGACCGUCCCCGAGAUCUCAACUCGCCUCAUCGGAGCCACCAAGCCUUUGAACUCGGAACUCGGCACACCUUCCUCCUUGUUAGACACCACGAUGGACCUCGGAAGCGCUGUUUCAGUCCUCUUUAGUGUCAACCCGCCUUCGCCCGUCGAGUCUGAGCUCUGCUCGGAUGACCAAGAGACUAUCGUCCGUACCUGGUGCACUGCUGGUCCCUCAACUGAGCAGCUUCUUGGCGAAGACCGUGCUCAUGCUUCUUCUUGUGACACCAGCCGAGUCGGCUCAGCCACCACCGCAGCUAUUUCGAGUGCCGCCUCUGCUGCGAACCAGAGCGGUGAUUCGUCGGGCAAGAACCGUACACGAGCACUGCGCCGUGGCUCGAGCGAGAGCAACAAGGCCGAGCUGUACAAGACUGAGCUGUGCAUCUCUAUCCACUCUGGCCAUGUGUGCAAAUACGGAGACAACUGCCAGUUCGCCCACUCUAUCGCAGAGCUCCAGCAUGUGAGCCGCCAUCCUCGCUACAAAACACAGCUCUGCACCAGCUUCCAGUCCCAGGGCUUUUGCAAAUACAACGACCGCUGCACUUUCAUCCACCACCCAGAAGAGGCUCGCGUCUCCCUCCCCCCAUCCCUCUUCCGCAAGACUCCUGCUCAAAUGGCGCCAUCCAAUCAGCCACUAGCACCAACUCCCACUCAAGUGCCCACUCAUGUGCCCAACCAGCUUCCCGCCCAGGUUCUAAGCCAAGUCCCCCACCAGAUGCUCGCUCAGAUGCUUAGCAACCACCAGACCCAGAGCUCGACUGCACCUUCCUCAACUUCCUAUCCAAACUCUGGAACAGCAACUCCUGCCCAGCAAUUUACUGACUACUCCAAGAUGGACCGUGCCAGAGCAAUGUCAGAUCCUUGCAUCUAUACCUACAUGGAAGGGUUGGAGGUGCCUCCCAGGAUGGGCGGUCUCGAGCAGGGAUUUUUCUUUGCGGAGCCUAUGGGCUUUAGCAUGAGCAUGGCUAUGGACGGCGCCAACCCACUUACUUCAUUGUACCCUCAACAGGUCUUCGCCCCACCCAUGUCGAACGAUCCCCACGAGUUUAUGAAUCAAGGACCGCAGCAGCAGCCGGUGCCAGUCUCGAUGCGGCGCCAGCGACGAAUGGGUAUCUCUUACCCGCCGCCCGAAAUCCCUACCGAUGGUGGCCAUCCCGCCCAGCACCGCAAUAUCUUUGACCUGCUCCCGCACUACAAUGAGUACGGCAUGUUUGACCCUGAUCUUGCCGUCCGACCGGCUGGUGCUGUUGGUCCUCCCUGGAUGACUCCCCGCGGUAUCUGGCAGCCCCUCCACAACAACCUGACUCAUAGCACCAACGCCGGCAACUCUGAUGAGAACCAGGAUCAGAUUCAGGACUUGAGCCAGAGUCAAGAACAGAGCCAGAGUCAGGCUAUGGCGGGACUCUUGCAGCAGCAGGGUGCACUCGUCGAAGAUGAGUGCGAUGCCGAGUGGAUUGCCAAGCUGGCUCGUUAUAUCACGACCUCCCAAAAUGACUUUGAGAUCUGA